CUCUCUCUCUCUCUCUCUCUCUCUCUUUUUCUCUCCUUCUUUUGGAGUAGGAUAUAUUCUUUGAAUUUGUCAACGUUGAUCUCUAACCCUAUGAUUUUCAGAUUUUGUUAUGAAUUUAGGCUGAUCGAUGAUUUGAGCUUUUGUAUAUUACUUGAUUUGGGGGUUUUCUCAGUGUUUUUCUUUGUCGGAUCUCCUUCUUUUUUUUUUCUUUUUUUUUUUUUUUUUAAUUUUGCUCUUAGUCACAUGGUUAUGGCUUAUAAUUUGUUGUAGAUGAAUAUGAAUUUUCAUCGAAAAUUUUGGUUUAUUGCUUUUUGAAAUAUAAUUUGUGAAAAGCUGUUUGAAUUGACUGGUUUUGUUGCAUCAGUUGAGAAUCUUUCGAAUUUUGUGGUGUGUUUGGAACGUAUGUGGUAUAGAUACUGGGAUUUCACGAAGAUUCUCAUGCUCUCUCUCUCUCUCUCUCUCUCUCUCGUUAGCUGUAGCGUCUGAAAAUUAUGUGUUGAAGAGUGACUCUGCUGCCUGUUGAUUGUAAAAAUUAGGAGUUUAUAGAGCCCAAAAGAAAUCAAUUUAUUUCAUAGUGAAAAUUUUGACAGCUUUUUCUGAUCUUUCAAAUAUGGACUCCCAAAACAUUUCUUCUUUCGAAGAUGUUUUCAAGUAAAACAUUAAUGUGAAAUGGAGUUGCAAAAGACUAGUUUUGAAAAUUUCAUUCUGGUAAAGAUUUAUUUUCAUUUUGGGUGACUCCAAUUUUCUUUGUUUGAUAUGAAUCCAUUUGCAGAAUUUGGAAACUGCUGAUAUCGUUUCGGUGGGAAAAGACAGUGUAUUUGUUACCCUAAAGAUCUUCGGAUUGAUAUUUGAGUAUGUUGGAAUGCAAAAUUGGAACGUCUUCUUAUUAAAUUUCUGAGUAUUGGAGAUAUUUUUUACUUUAUGUACAGAAAAUGGAGAGGAUAUGUGAAUUCUGCACAGCGUUGAGGCCGGUUGUUUACUGUAAGGCAGAUGCAGCAUAUCUUUGCCUAUCUUGUGAUGCAAAGGUCCAUUCAGCUAACACACUUUCGAGCCGACAUCUCCGCACUGUUCUGUGUGAUUCAUGCAGAUACCGCCCAGCUAAUGUUCAGUGUUUAGAUCACCGGACAUUUUUGUGUCGCAUCUGUGAUAGAAACCUGCAUGAUGUCUCAUCCCAACAUCAGAAACGUGCAAUCAGAAGUUACAUGGGAUGCCCAUCAGCUAAGGAUUUUGCAGCUUUGUGGGGUUUUGAUUUGAGCCAACUAGACAGUAGUAGUCAUCAAGAUCAGCCAGUGUCCUCCUGUGGUUCUGGUAACUCAAGUGUGGUAAAUUUGGAUGUUACAGGACGGUCACGCUCACAAAUUGGAGGUCUAUCAAUGGCAUCAAAAGCAAAUUGUCCGACUUUGGUCUCUUUUUCUCAACCCAAAUUGGGAUCAAGCAGUCAACAAAAGAUUCUUCAAAAGGGGGAACAGCAGCAAAGUACUUGUUUUGUUUUGCAACAGCUUCUCGACUUGAAUAGGCUUCAGCUCACUGAAGGGAGCCCUUCACCUUUAAUACGUGGACAAGAGAAAACUGACGCAUCUUUUUCAAUGCAUCAACCUGUGAAGAAAUAUGGGGAGAACCUUGAUCAGCCCUUACAACAUACAGAGGAUAUUCAUGCUGGUCUUCAGGAAAGGGUCAGUCCACCUAAAGAGCUGAAAAGCGAUGAUUUGCCAUUUCCAUUUUCUCAACUGGAGAAUUCACCUUCAUCUGCGACUGCUGGACUUCCUGUGCAUGGAGAAUCUUUUUGGCAAUGCAGAAGUCCAGUUCAAAGUAGUCAGCUGUGGUCUCAAAACAUGCAAGAUCUUGGGGUCUGUGAAGAACUUGUUUGUCAUGAUGACUUUAACAUUCCUGAUGUUGAUUUGACAUUUCGGAACUUUGAAGAACUAUUUGGAGGUGAUCAAGAGCCUAACAGAGCAUUACUUGUUGAUAAAGACAUGUCAUACUCCUCAGUGGAAAAGGAUAUGUCUAUUGAUAAAUCAGAUAAUGGCCUUUCAAGAGCAAUGGAGGAUGCCUCAGUGGCUUCAUCUGCUUACAUUAAUCACUCUACUGACAUGGACAAAGAUAUCGUUUGUUCUAAACUCAAUAUCCUUCCAGGAAGCAUGGAUUAUCCACGCUCAGUUAGAACAUCUUAUUCAACUUUGUCAUUCUCCAUGUCAAGGUUCAGUGCUGAGAGCAGUGGCACUGAUUGUCUUGAUAGCGGAAUUUCCCCCUUUGCAGGAGGUGAACCUUCAAGUAAUUUACAAGACCAUGAAGUUUCGCUCCUAGAAGCCAGAAACAAUGCCAAGAUGAGAUACAAAGAGAAGAAAAAGUCCAGACUGAAUGAGAAACACAUUCGAUAUCCAUCUCGAAAAGCAAGAGCAGAUGUUCGGAAGCGGGUAAAAGGCCGUUUUGUAAAGACAGAAGAAUAUGACUCUGACAGUAUCGAUGUGACACGCAGCUAUUAAACAUUUCAUCUUUGUUUUUGUACAUACACUACUUCAAAAGUGAUUCACCACUAUGGUAUUCUCUUGCUCGUUACCAAUUCUUUCAAUCCCUUUCAUGUAUAGUUUUGUAUUGUGGUUCUGGCAGAGUAAUAUUCAAUAUCAUAAGUGCUGGUUAUUAUUGAACGCUAUAAUUCAGCUUAGAAAGAAUAGGAAUACCCAAACUUUAAUUUUC